UAUUCUGCAUCGUCGGCUACAAGUGCUCAUCGGUCUUACGAUACGUCAAAGGAAGACGGUGACACGCCAUCGUACAAGAAGGAAGCUGAUGACACGGCUCAAAAUUACUCCAAUCUGAAUGGUUUUCAGAUCCAACGAUUGGUCCUGAAUUUGACGCCACUGAGAUUCCUGACCAGCAAAGCAUUUUCUGAGAAUACUUGA